AUGUGGCAGCGUGGGCCUGCUUGCCUGUAUAGGCGAUCUCGAUUCAGCGCCCUUGCGACCGCACUUUUCCUCAUCGGCAGACGCUUGUGCUGGCUAGUUCCAGAAGCAGCGACAAGAAGCUGUUGCAACGACCUUUCCAUUGUGCUGGUGACCUCCCCGAUUCCUUCCCAUCCCUCCACUGAGUUGGUGGAUGCUGUCAUCCGAAGCUUCGACUUGGUACAAGGCCUGGAGCUAUGCCCGCUUAUCAUUGUGGCAGACGGUGUUCAGGUACGGGCAGGCCGACCUGCAUGGAAUCGGGGCAGGAUUGACGAGAGUACGCAGCAAAGGUAUCUUGGCUAUGUCGAUGCUUUGAGGUCGAAAUAUGAAUCGUCCGGAGCGCCUGACCGGCGUUCGGUGAAGGUGGUGGGCCCACUGGCAAAACGCGUCAACUUCGGACAUGCAAUCCUUGCAGCACUGGGCGACGUGCAUACGGAAUUUGUAUUGGUCGUGCAGCAUGAUCGGGUUUUCGCCGAGCCGCUGGACAUGAAGAAAGUUCUCAGCAUCUUCGACAGGUACAAGACCAAUGGCCUCAGAUAUGUUGGGUUUCAGACUGUUCCGGACUAUGUAACGUACGCUGUAAGCAAGUACGGCGGUUGGGCACGGAGCGAAGUUUCGGAAAGCGAAACUGGCUUGAUCCCAUGCUUCAUCUGGUACGAUUCAACUCAUGUCUGCCGCACAAGGGACUUGGCAAAGCUGAUCGUGAAGGAAGUGAAGACGGGAGAGUUUAUUGAAAGCUCCUUUGGUUGCAGACUUCUGGCAAAGAUUCAGGAGAGCAAAGAGGAAUGGAGCUUCACAUACCACAUGGAAAACUAUGGACUCUUUCUGUACUACGAGCCGACGGUGGGCACGCAAAGCCCGCUGGUGAGACAUGUAAGUGGCCGGUCCUUCGUGUCACGCGAAGAGCGCAUCAAGAUGGGCCAGUGCACGUCUGCCGAUGCUACACGAGUGGCAUGUCAGAAACUUGUGUUCGUGCUGAUCUCGUUGUUUCUGGUGUGUGCCACAGACCAUAGAAUGGGAACCUUUGGUAGUUUCGGAGUUGCAGAUGCGAGCUCCAGAGGCUCCUGCACUUGCGAGUCUUGCGAGGUUCCCUGUCAGAGCGAGAGCAUCCUCUUCGGCCGCAUCGCGUGUGAGGGCUUUGAGGGCCGCCUGAACGACCGCUCUAUCAUGCUGGAGGGGCCAAGCUUUGCCAACACCAAGGUGCGCUUGAACGUUGCGGACUGCAAGCAGAUUGCUGCCUUUCCUGGGCAGAUAGUCGGCGUCGUCGGCCGCAGCGGCAUGACCGGCAGCACCUUCCACGUCAAGGACUUUUUGCCAGGGCUUCCGGUCCAAGGAGAAGCCUUGGCGCCCGAGUCGUCUUUGCAUGCCAUGGUUGUAGCCGGCCCGUUCAGCCAACGUGAUCGACUCGACUUCACAGCUUUGCAGAGUGCCCUGGCUCAUGCCCAGAUCGAGCGUCCGCAGGCGCAUGUUGCCUCCGCCUUGAGCUGCCACUUCCUUCUGCAAAACGGAGGCACCAAGAGGGAUUCGGAAGAAAUCCGUUUGGACGAAGACACUGAUCUUCCAGAGCCAGCAAAGAUUGCGGCGCCGAAACGAGAUGUCUUCGGUUCGCAACAGGCGCGCAUCGGUGUCCUGUCGCUCUUGAAACUGCGGAACAUCUUCGGCUGGACCGGCCACGGAGGUCAUGCCCAGUAUUCGGUGGGCGAGCUUGAGAGCAAGAUCUAUGACAACGUGCAUCACAAUAGCAAGGGAGAGCUCUUGAUGCCGCUAUCCAUCUUGUCGCGGGACGCGCCUUCACAGGUGCCCAGCAACAUCUUGCUCUUCACGGAUUGGAAGGCCCGGUUGGCUUCGCAGGUUUGCCUCGUGGUUGUACUCGUCUCUUGCAUUAUAUCUCCCAUUACCUUCAUCUGGGGUGGCAGCUGGGCUGACCCGAAAUGGGUGCCAGGAGGAAGGACGACGAUAGUUCUGGAUCUGUUCUGCGACCUGGGCUACCUCGUCUACCUUCUCUUGGAAUUGAAGAUGUCUUUCAUGCAUCCAUCCAGAAGGGUGGAAGUCGUUGACCCCUCCAAGAUCUUGCAGUUCAGGCUCAAGAGCACCACUUAUAUUAUGCGGGCUUUCAGUGCUACAUGCUACUUUUGGAUCAUUGCCUUCAAUGCUAGCUUGCUGCUCAAUCUCACCAAGCUUGUUCGGAUUUACCACUUUGUGCGGCUCCCAGAUCCACUUUGGCUGAUUUGGGACAACGGUGUCCUACGCGAGCUCAGGCCGCUCCUACUCCUUACCUGGUUAGCACAUUGGGUUGGUUGCCUUCUGGCGUGGGGUGGUGGAUACCGCGAGGCGGACUGCGACGGCAGCGCGUUUGAGACCACCUUCAACGGGGCCGUUAUUCCGGGCUGGUUCUCCUUGUACUUCAUGGCUUUUGUCGAGGCCCUGUACAUGCUGACGGGGGCCUUGGACAACCCGCUGGGCGAUGGAGGGAUUCGAGACAAGAACUUCGGAUCUUUGCUCAUGGUGGCUGUGUUCGGGCCCGUUGGCUGCAUUAUUGUGGCCCACUUUAUUGCAGCCGUCGUCCGAGAACAGGAUCUACAGACCCCAACUCCUGCAGAGCGGAAGUUCGCGCUGGAUAUCCGGCAUGAAGAGAACCAGGUCGUCCGGGUUCUUGAAGACAAAGCCUUCCUUCCUGGUGAUUAUGUGGUUCGCGUUGGCGAGGUCGCUGAUGAGAUGUACUUCAUCAGCAAGGGAGAGGUCUCUGUGCUUGUUGCACAAGGAAAGUCCAAGGAUGUCGAGGAUGCGAUUCAGCUACCCAUGAGGAAGAGGGAAGGAGAUUACUUUGGUGAAGUCGCCCUCAUCAAGGGAAGUCUGCGGACAGCUUGGAUCAAGGCAGAGACCUACGUCGUGGCGUCCUGCUUGAGGCGAUCCAGCAUCGAACAGAUCUGGAAGUAUUUCCCACAAGAGCGCGAGUCUCUUCAAAAGCAAGUGCUGCAGACUGUCAUGCGCGAUGCCGCGAGACAGGCAACCAGCAUUCGCGAGAGCAUAGGAGGACACGAUGUUUUCCUUGGUUUUUCGUAG